AUGAAUAAUCAGAAUUAUUCCUUCUCACUUCCAAUCAUUUCGUCCAAUUUAAUUACUCAAGGUGAAAAUAAUAUCUAUCGUGAGCAGUGUGGAAAAAUAUGGGAGAAACAUUAUCAGAAACCAACUAAUCUUAAUAGUCCAGGAAAUAAUGGUGUGUUUUUAACACCCUAUGCCACUAAAACAUUCAAAUCUGAUAAUGGACAAGAUUUGACAGUAGGUAUCAUUGGAACUAUGUCCCCAGCUAGUGCUAUGGUUUCCAUUACAGGUCGUCAACCAUGUUUCCAUUAUACUGGAUUCAAUGAAUCCAAGAAGGAAGUGAAUGCUGAGGAAUAUUCGAAUCAAAUUUAUGAAAUGGCUAUGGAUUUGAAAUUAGGAAGAAAUGGAGCUCCAAAAUGUCAAGUGAUUGUAGUGUUAUCUCAUGAGGGAGAGCCAGAGGAUAAACAAAUUGCUGAAAUGAUUGUAAAGAAACACAAGUCAACUUACAAGGAGGGUAUGCCAAAAGUUGCUGUAGAUAUUCACAUUUCCUCUCAUUCCCAUAAUAUUUAUUUGGAAAAGCUUCAAAUUGAUAGUGAACACGAGGUAUAUAUUCAUCAAUCUGGUCCAUAUGCUUCAAAUUUGGGAGUUCUCCAACUUUCUUACAACUUUGACACGCAACAAGUAAGAUUACUCAAUGAAAAGGUAAAAGUUCCUCUUUCAAACUUGGUUGGGGAUGCUUCCAACAGAGACCUAUUCGAGAAGGAUCAUCUUGGUCCAUUGAGCCCAUCAACCUCGCUAUUUGAAACCAAUGGAAUUUGUUUUGAUUGCAUUUCAAACUCAAUCUUGUUUCCUGUGAGAAUACCAAUUACUAAUGAAAUACCUAUGGAUCAACCGUAUAGAAAAAAGAUUGAGAAUUACAAACAUCUCAUUAACAAGUAUAUUUUGGGAGAUUCUUUUGGAUAUAGAUUUGACAGCUUUGUUGGAUCCAUUGAUGUUUCAAAUGUCCAUGACAAAACUGGUGUUGGCUCUAUAGUUUCGAAUUGUGUUAUUCAACAAUUUAGAGAGAAACAAGCAGAGGCUCUUGUCCUUUUGGAAUUUUUAAAAAAGCAAGAACAAUAUAAUGAGGAACAGUCAAUUGAGGAAAAUAUUCACAAGUUGGACAAGUCAUUGAACGUGCCAAAAUUCCAUAGAUUCUUUUCCAAGCUCAGAAUUAAGGACGCUGAAAAUAUACUUGACCAAAGAUAUGAUAUUUACUUGAUACCAACAGACGGUUUGAGAACUCAUAUAAUUUCUCUUAAGCAAUGGAACGAAACCAGACUAAACUUUCAAUUUUCUGAUGCUUACACUUUCCUCUCCUUGGGAAGACUCAGAAGCAGUAUUAGAGAGGAUGUAUUACCUGGUGAAACAAUGGAGGUAUACUAUCUCCCUCAAAGAAUAGCCAAACGGUUGUUUGUUUAUACCAGAUUUUUGAGUGAUUUGCUUAAUUUACAUAUUAUUGCUUUUUGUCACAGUACUAACUUUUCCUACAAAACUAGAUGGUAUGGAAUUCCGUUCUUGGUAGAGGAUCAACUUCACAAGAAGGAGGAGAAGGAAUUGUCUUGGUUCUGGAAAAUUAUUCGAAAGGUAAAGAAUGCCUUGGCAAGACAUUACGACUUUUCAUUGGAUGGAAAAUCUGAAGCUCAAUUCUUUGAUGAAUAUUAUUCUAAACCACAUACCUUUCCUGAACCACUAUAUGGUAUUACAAUUCCAGGAUGGUUAGUCAAUUUCAUGUCCAAGACUGCCAUGUAUACAGGUGGUUUCUUAACUCUCGAUAUGAGAGACAAGUAUGGUAGAAUUAUCAAAGUUCCCCAAACAAAUGAAGGGAAAAGAAGUGAUGGUCAAUACAAUGCAAAAGAUGAAACAAGAUCACUACUUCAAACCUCUGUUAGUGCCACUCCUUUUAUGGAUUAUCACAUGUUUGCUGAAUGUUUGGCCAAACAAAGAAAUAAUUAA